AUGUCACAGGCUGCGGGCGGCAAGAAAGGCGGUAAGGGCCCGCCGAAGAAGAACACAGACGACGACAAAUCGACCGCUGCGAAGAUCGUGGACGAGAAAGAGGAGACAUCCUCGAACAAUGGCGAUAAGAAAGACAUCAAAGAAACCAACGGAGAUGUUCCGAAGCCACCGAGCGCCGGCGUCAACAUGCGGGAAGCGGCCGCCAAAAUCCUGGGCCUGGCGCAGAAAGGGGAAUGGUCUGCAGUGGAACAGACCCUCAAGGUGCUGGAGAAGCUGGUGGCGGCUGGCGGUGAGGAUACGAUAACCGUACCGAUGGCUGGGAUACUUGAUCCGGUAAUUUCA